UUGCUUUAUUUAAACUAGUCAGCCCAAACUACAAAAAACUAGUGUUACUCAUUGUUCACAAUGCUUGGCCUCCUCAUCUUCCUUUUCUUGAUCUCCAUUCCAGUUGUUCACAGUUAUGCUGUUCGCACACACACAAACUUGACAACUGAGCAAAUGAACAAGUUUCGUAUUGAUCAAGAAUCCAUCAACAUUGUUUCAAUUGGAAAAUUUUCACAGUACGACAAGAUUGCACUCAGUAUGGCCACUGCAAUGUGCCUCUAUAUUUUGUGA